CAAAUGACGACUUGCCAGAACCUUCAAUCCUUGCCGCCUUCGAGCACCCCCUCCUCCACGGGUUGAUAUCCGUUCUCACAGGGAGCCACAUGCUCUAGCUUCGUUCUCCUUGACUGCAGAAGAUAUCGGAAAACCACUACCAUGUCCCUCUCCUCCCCGUCUCCUGUUAGGACCCAUCUUCCACCUCUACCGCUCCCGUCAGGCAUCUCGGAAAACUACGUCUUCUGUCCCUCCAAUGGCCUCACCGUCCAUAUCCUCGAAGCUGGAUACACCCCUGAGCGCAACAGGCCCCUUAUCGUCCUCUGCCACGGUUAUCCGGAGCUGGCCUUCUCCUGGCGGAAGAUUAUGCCUUCGCUGGCGGAGGCGGGCAACUAUGUCGUGGCCUUCGACCAACGCGGCUAUGGAAGGACCACCGGAUGGGAUGACUCUACGUUCGCCAAGACCGAUCUGUCCCAGUUUACCGUGACAAACCUUGUGCGAGAUGUCGUUAUCCUCGUACACGCGCUGGGAUACAAGGAAGUCAAGUGCAUUGUCGGGCACGACUUCGGCGCCGUAACCUCCUCCAUGUGUGCCCUGAUGAGGCCGGACCUAUUCAAGAGCGUCGUCAUGAUGUCUCAUCCUUUCAAGGAACCGUCUGGGCUGCCGUUCAACAUUGCCCAUGGAGAAGGCCAGAACCCGCAAAGACCCGUCGAUAUUCAGAGGGAGCUUGCGAGGCUGCCGGAGCCACGGAAGCAUUACAAGUGGUACAACUCCACGGCAGUUGCUGGUUUGAAUUGGGGAGCUCCGCUCCAAGGCCUUCCCGCCUUCCUUCGGGGCUAUAUUCACGUAAAGAGCGCCGAUUGGGAACAGAACAGCCCACAUCCACUUCAAAGUUGGACGGCUGCUGAGCUGGCAAAGAUGCCAUACUACUACAUCAUGCCGCUCCACAAGUCGAUGCCGGAGACGAUCGCCAUGAUGAUGCAGGGGGAGGACGAGAACAAGACCAAGAGGUGGCUGUCGGAUGAGGACCUGAACGUAUACGUGCAAGAGUGGAUGCGGACUGGCUUCCAGGGCGGCCUGAACUGGUACAGAACAUCGACAGAUCCUGCCAAGAUGGGCGACCUUGACCUGUUUGCUGGCAAGAAGAUUGAGUGCCCGGCGACUUUCAUCUCUGGAGCGAAGGAUUGGGGAAACUAUCAGCAGCCCGGUGCCAUCGAAAGCUUCCCGGAGACGUGCACGCAGUUCAGAGGGGUCAAGUUCGUUGAUGGGGCGGGCCACUGGCCUCAGCAAGAGCAGCCAGAGAAGGUAGUGAAAGAGAUAUUGGGAUUCUUGGCCGGCCUCUGAGUUAGAAGUGACACGGGCGCUAUGGUCAAAUGGUCUCAUAUGGAGGAAAAGGAAACACAAAAGUUUUGAAUUACUUCGAUUUCCCGCUCUCGAUUUCUGUCUAUCGGCUGUUUCCG